AUGCUCCGCUCAAUCGCCCGGCAGAGCCCGCUCGCACACCGCUCUGCGACCGCCCGCGUCGCCACGGCAGCGGCGCGCUUCCCGUCCCCCUCGACCUCGUCGCCGUCGUCCACCUCGUCCGGCUCUCGCCCCACUGCGCCGGUCCCCGCCACCCGCGCCUCUGCCUGCGCCACGCCCGCCCAUGCGCGCGCACUGCACUCGUCGCCCGCACUCCGCCAAGCCGAGCCGCUCAACCAGGACAUCGAGGUCGAGGGCGUCGAGCGCGUCGAGGACGAGUGCGACGUGUGCAUCGUCGGCGCAGGGCCCGCCGGCUUGAGCGCCGCCAUCCAGCUCAAGAAGCUCGCCGAGGAGCGCGGCGAGGAGAUUCGCGUCGUCGUCCUCGAAAAGGGCGCCGAAGUCGGCGCACACAUCCUGUCGGGCGCCGUCAUCGAGCCUCGUGCGCUCGACGAGCUCAUCCCCGACUGGAAGGACAAGGGCGCGCCGCUCAACCAGCCCGCGACGUCCGACUCGAUGCGGUGGCUCACGCCCACGUCGUCGUUCCCGAUGCCGCACCCGCCCCAGAUGGCGAACAAGGGCAACUACAUCAUCUCGCUGUCGCGCUUGACGCGCUGGCUCGCCGAGCAGGCCGAGGAGAUGGGCGUCGAGAUCUACCCUGGGUUCGCCGGCGCCAAGAUCCUGUACACGGCCGACGGCAAAGGCGUGCGCGGCAUCCAGACCAACGACAUCGGCCUCGACAAGAACUUCCAGCCCAAGGACUCGUUCGAGCCGGGCAUGCAGUUCCUCGCCAAGGUGACGCUCCUCGCCGAGGGCUGCCACGGCUCGCUGUCGAAGCAGGUCCAGCACAAGUACAACCUGCGCGACGGCAAGGACCCGCAGACGUACGGCCUCGGCGUCAAGGAGGUGUGGAAGGUCAAGCCCGAGAAGCAUCAGCCGGGCAAGGUGCAGCACACGCUCGGCUGGCCGCUCGACAACUCGACGUACGGCGGCACGUGGCUGUACCACAUGGAGGACGAGAUGGUCUCGCUCGGCAUCGUCGUCGGCCUCGACUACCCGAACCCGUACAUCUCGCCGUACAAGGAGCUCCAGCGCCUCAAGCACCACCCGCUGUUCAAGGACGUCCUCGAGGGCGGCGAGUGCAUCGCGUACGGCGCGCGUGCGCUCAACGAGGGCGGCUACCAGUCGAUCCCCAAGUUGACCUUCCCCGGCGGCGCCAUGCUCGGCGACUCGGCCGGCUUCCUCAACGUGCCCAAGAUCAAGGGCACGCACACGUCGAUGAAGUCGGGCAUGCUCGCCGCCGAGGCCGCCUUCUCGGCCAUCUCGGCGCACAACGUUGCCUCGCCCGACGAGUACCUCCCGGCGUCGCCGCUCGACGUCUCGUCGUACGAGACGGCGUUCGAGGAGUCGUGGAUCGCCAAGGAGCUCAAGGAGGUCCGCAACCUGCGCCCGUCGUUCCACUCGAAGCUCGGCAACCUCGGCGGCAUGAUGUACUCGGGCAUCGACUCGCUCGUCCUCAAGGGUCGCGUGCCCUGGACGUUCCACCACCCGAGCGAGGACUAUGCCUCGACCCGACCGGCGAGCGAGUACAAGCCGAUCGACUACCCUGCACCUGACGGCACCCUCUCGUUCGACCUCCUGACCAACCUGUCGCGCACGGGCACCAACCACGCCGAGGACCAGCCGGUCCACCUGCACAUUCCCGCCGCCGACCGUGCCGCGCACGUCAAGAAGAACGUCGGCGAGUACGCCGGCCUGCUCGGUCGCGUGUGCCCCGCCGGCGUGUACGAGUACCUCGACGUUGCCGACAAUGGCGGCGAGGCCGACGCCGACGGCUACCGCCUCCAGAUCAACUCGCAGAACUGCGUCCACUGCAAGACUUGCAGCAUCAAGGUUCCUACGCAGGACAUCACCUGGAUGGUGCCCGAGGGAUCGGGCGGGCCGGCCUACGAGAUGACCUGAUGGCGCAGGCUUGUGCAGGACGCGUCGCCGACGUCGACGGCCUUUUCCUCGCCCAACGUAGCCGGCGAGCUUCCUCCCCUCGUCUCCCUCCUCGCACAUGUUGUACCCUUCCUCUCCUACUCGUUCAACCGUCGUCCUGUCCAUGAGCACCGUGUUGCAGCCGU